AAUUCACGGUCUCGCGAGCUCGAGCAAAGACUCAUCGUCGUACUCUCAUUUCUCUCUUUUAUAUCCUUCGUUCUUGAGAGUCUCGCCCAACUAAAAUGACGAUCCCACAUUUAAUGACACUGGCGGACCUGACGCCAAACCAGAUCAUGCGUAUAAUCACGCAUGCAAAAUACCUGAAGAACACUUCACUUCCGUGGCUCGCACCACAGCGUUCAGAGAAAGCCAGUCGUCUUCGUAUGCCUUCCCAAUCACUCUUUAACAAGACUAUUGCACUUUUGUUCUCCAAGCGGAGUACGAGGACACGUGUAUCUGCAGAAACCGCUGCGGUGUUACUUGGUGGACGUGCGUUGUUCCUUGGGAGGGAGGAUAUUCAAUUGGGCGUUAAUGAGAAUGUGAGAGAUUCUGCGAGGGUCAUAGGUGGGAUGUGUCAGGGUAUCUUUGCUCGUGUUGGUGAACAUGAGGAGAUUGAGGAACUUGCUAAAUAUUCGCCGGUCCCUGUACUGAACGCGUUAUCCUCACUCUGGCACCCAACUCAAGUCCUUGCAGACCUCUUAACCCUGCAUGAACACGCGCAAAUAUUUGGUCUUGCAGAACCAGCCGAACGUGUAUCUUUAGAGACUGGCAAAUCGGAGAAGCCAACUAGAACUUUGCUUCAGUCCCCGCGUCCUCUCACUGUAGCAUAUGUCGGUGAUUCUGCCAACGUGCUACAUGAUAUGCUCGUAUCGUAUCCUCGAAUGGGGCAUAAACUCCAAGUUGCUUCACCUGAAGACCCCAAGUAUCGUGCGCCCAAACCUGUCUGGGAUCGGGUCGUUGAACUUGGGUGCGACAAGAACAUUUCGUGGGGAAAGGAUCCUAAGGAGGCCGUUCAUGGUGCUGACUUGGUUAUAACCGACACCUGGAUUUCUAUGGGCCAGGAAGCUGAGAAGGAACAACGUCUGAAGGACUUUGCUGGUUACCAAGUGACUGAGGAGCUUUGCCGAGAAGGUGGUGCGAACCCUGACUGGAAGUUCAUGCACUGCUUGCCUCGCAAACCGGAUGAAGUCUCUGAUGAGGUUUUCUAUGGUCCUCGAUCGCUUGUUUGGGAUGAGUCGGACAACCGCAAGUGGACGAUCAUGGCUCUUUUCGACCUCCUCUUUGGCAAGUGGAAUUUGCUCGCGGAGAAGCCCCAACACCCUCCAGCGCCCAAGGCCUGAUUCCGAGUAUUCAAAAUAGAUGCCUUCUAGAGGCUUUUUAUACGUAGGUUCGAUGUGUGCAAACCUAAAUGGUAACAAACCUGCGUGCUUGCUAUGCAGAAGGCUUGUUAAUCUUACCCGAUCUAUUCGCACUAACUUACUAGUGUAUGGUAUAUGUAAUGCAGCACGCAUGCUUUCGGGAACCCGUUUCCUACUUCCAAUCAUUUGGCUUGAUCGAUACAAUUAUGAUCAACUUCCUGAACUAGCUAUUUGUUAAGACGAACUCCAGUGAGGAGCACGUUUGACAAGCGACGAUCGUAAGUGGCAUGCCAUUAUUGGAGUAACUUCGGACCGAAUAGAGUCCGUUUCACGCGCAAGUAUGAUGGUAAUUAUAUGUUGAGAGAUAGAAUACGAUAGAAUACGAAGGAUCUGCGCUCU